UGGGAAAGAGGAUUGCUGUACGUGCUCUUUCACUAGGCAGGCAGAAGGGUCGAGCAGCAGCAAGUGGCUCUCCGACUGGCCCUGCCCACCGUGUGGAGACAGGCCAGCUUCUUCCCCGCCCCCUGCCAGGAGAGCUCGGUUCCCUUGGUAGCGGCGGAAGGCGGAGUAGUACCGAGCGGGAAUAACGGUCAGAGUUCCGCGUCGCCGCAGCCUGUAUAUCCCUCUCCAAGAUGUCGAUGUCGUCGUCGCCAACGCCGCCUCGGCGCGCCGUGCAGCUGGCCCCCAACUCGCUGGCUCUGGUGUUGCGCCGCCUGCAUGAGCAGAACGAAGAGGAGGCAACCCCGGACGAGCCGGAGCCGGGCUGCUGGGACGACGAGGCGAGCGGCGCGGCCGUGUUCCAGGCGUUCCGGCGCGCCAACGCCGCCUGCUACUGGAACGCCGGGCUGGCGCACGCCGUUGCGCGGGUUUGGCUGCAGGGCUGGCUGAGGGGCGGCGUGCUCUUGCUGCAGGGCCCCAGCGCCCCGCUGCAGCUCCUCCGCGAUGCUUGGCUCCGCAGGGCGCUGCGCCCGCCCAAGGGCUUUCUCAUCAGGGCUGUGGGUGAUGUAUCUCCAGUGUGCAUGAAUCCCAUUUCACAGUCCCAGUUUGUUCCUUUGGCAGAAGUCUUGUGUUGUGCUAUAUCCGAUAUGAAUGCAGCUCAAAUUACGGUUACACAGGAAACCUUACAGGAUCAGUUGGGGAAACAUUACCCAGGCAUUGCAACUCCCACACAUGAUAUUCUAUAUAGUACACUUGGGAUGCUAAUUAAAGAACGGAAGAUAUAUCACACUGGGGAAGGAUACUUCAUAGUGACUCCAACUACCUACUUUAUCUCUAAUAAUGCUAAGAAGAACAACAAGAGGGUUCUGUUGGGAGAUAAUUGCCCUCCAGAGCCUUCUAUUACAUACCUUGUAAGUGUUGAGAAUGCUGCAGAAUUUCUACAAGAUAAUUUUCCUACUGCGUCCCAUUGCAGAUCCUGCCAUUGUUUCCCUGGGCAGAUUGCAGUGAAUGAACAGAAAGCUCAGCAACUAGUUAGCCAUGAGCCUAAUGGAAAACGUCACACAGGAUGUUGUGAAUCCAGAUUUUCAGUUCAGAAUCUAGCCACUGAUACAUUUGUUGGCAACCAUUGUUGUGAAGCUGCUCACUGUGUACAGGCAGUGAAAGAAAAGAAGGCUAAGAAGUUUGGUUUUAGCCUUUUCUGGCGCAACAGUGCUAAGAAAGAAAAAGUUAAAAAAGUGCAUGCUUCAUUUUCUGCACAGUUUCCUCCUGAAGAAUGGCCAGUCAGGGAUGAAGAUAAUUUGGAUAAUAUCCCACGUGACGUUGAACAUGAAAUUAUCAAGCGCAUCAACCCUGUGCUGACUGUGGACAAUAUAAUUAAACACACCACACUGAUGCAGAAAAUAGAGGAACAGAAAAAAUACAUCAGUAAAGGAACCUCUACAGAAGUGUUGGCAAUGAAGCACAAACAUCUUUCCAAAGGGUGCACCCAGAAAAAACAAAACAAAGCUACAAAGCAUCGCAGGAAAGCGCAGUCCAAAAAAGAAAAGCAAAUUAGUAAGUCACAGAGAGAGUUUAUAAGUAAUGAACAAAUACCAGCUAAUGGCAAACUGGAAAACUAUGCUGAAGAUCCAUCAUCCUGUGUUACAAACGAAGCUAUAUGCAAUCAACAGUUGUGUGAGGAUGCAAUCAAUGUUGAAUCUCAUUUUAUAUACAAAAAAGAAGUUGCUAAUCCAUUUCAAGACAUUCCAUGUAGAGGAAACAGAUCAACAAAAGGACAUAAAAAUCAGAAAAACAACAAUGUAAAGUCCAGGGCUCCAAGAUCAGAGAAGAAUUUUCCAAGGUCUUGGUGUUUGGAUUCCUCAAGAACUGUGAACUGUAAAGCCAAACAGUCAUUCAUUGUCACAUGUGAUGUUGAAGAUAAAAAGAAACAGCUAGAUCACCCACCAAUCAAGGUUUUGCAAAAAGAAGUCAAUUAUGAUUAUCUGAGGGGGAGUGCAGCUUGUAAACGUAAUUUGCGUAGAGGAGAAAACCCCAAAAGUACAGUGGGGAUCCAGGUAGCUUCUAGCACUUAUGCCACAUGCAUGGAUGAAGCAGCAGCAGAGAAAAAGCAUCCUCAGAACUCCAGUCAAACUCACCAGUGUGAUCAAGUCGGCUUGCUGGGUCAAAAUGUAGAUCAGCUAACUAAUACUCAUCUCUCCAGUGAUACAGACGCAGCUCAACAAUUUAAACCAUCUGAAAAUAUUGUUGCUCACAGACAAAAUGAUGAUUUAAAGAGUGAGUUCAAGUCUAGUAACACAAACAAAUGGCUUGAGUCUUUUAACCCACAAUAUGAAGGAUUCACUUACAAUAAACAGACUCCAUAUCAAGAAGUGGAUGGUGGUGACACUUGUAGUUCUCUGUAUCAUGAUUAUGAACAGCAACAGCAUAAGGAGUUGUCCAAACUACAAUCCAACCAACUCCCAUAUAGUUCUUUAGAUACGAAGAAGUGGAAUAGCCUAGAACAGGAUCCUACUAGCACAACAGUAUUGGAAAAUGGAAGUGUUAAUUCUCACUUCUUAGGAUGCAGAAUGGAUACAGACAAGGUUGAUUCCUGUGAGUGUGAAGAAAAUGAAAUUUGUAGUCUUUGUAGGUCAAAGGAUAGCUUAAAAGAGCAUCAGAAAAUAAGCCUUGAAGGAGAAAGUUUUGUGUGCCACCAGAUAUCUCAGUAUGCUUACCAAAACAAUGAAGAGAGAGAGAAUGGUUAUGAACAUGGGCAGACAUCUGAUACUGCUGAACCCUGCAUGUUUGAUUUCUGUGAUGUGCAUGAAGCAAAGACUAGAGUUUGGCAGAAGUCAGUAAAUGAAGUGGGUGGGAAAUUAGCAUCUUUGAUGCUGCCACCCAAAGGCUGGGAAAUUAAUUCAAAACUUGUGGGAAAGCAACAGCCAUUUGAUAACACUGAUGCUGCUAUUCUAGAGCAAAGUGUCCAAUAUGAGCAAAGCCACUUGGAAGGGACAGGAAACCACAGCAUAACUGGAGACAGUGGGAUAGAUUCACCAAGAACACGAAGUCUGGCAUCUGCUAAUUCUGCCAUUUUAGAAGGACUGAAGAAAAGACAAAGCUUUCUCUUGAACUUGGAAGGCAUAGAAAAGACAAUACAGAAUGGAAAGACUCUGACACGAAACUCUUUGCUUCAGUUGACUCCAGUCAUGAAUAUUUGAUUUUUUUUUCUUACCAGAGUUUGAUAAUUCUUUUGUAAAUAUGUUAAUAUAGUUACUGUAAAUGCCUUGAACUGUCAAAUAUGUUAAAACAGGUGAGAUCAUUAUAUUCUCCUCCUAAGACAUGAAAACUUUAUAAUAAACAUUUUUCAGUGUC